AUGUCUUCGAAUAAUAAUGAAAACGAACAAUUUGGGCAUCAUAUUUUGUUACACAAUAAUAAUUUAAUCAAAAACGGCAAUGCUAUUAAUAAUGCAAAUAAUAGUAAUAAUGUCAACAAUCCUAAUAUCAACGAAGGUAUAAGUGGUAAUAUCCAAAAUAGAGCAAGAUUUUUAAGGUCUUCGAUUAAUUUACCGGCUCAAUUUUUAAAAAGAUCCGCUCUAACAAAUGUCACUAAUACUACUCCAGACCCAUUUAAUAGUGAUAACGAUGGUUUAAGGGGAGCAACUACUGGUAUUCCAUCGAUGCUUAAACCGAGUACUGUUAAAGCUACAGGUGUUCUCUCCUCUUCGAGGAAUUUAGCUAACAACAAUAAUAGUUCUAAAUAUCAUAUGCCACAGCAACAAGAGGCUAUCCAUUUGCACCAUUCCAAUAUCUCAAAUAAUAGAAACACGACUACUGUCAAUAAUAACGUAGAUAUUGGUAAUAGGGAGAAUAAAGGGAACAAGGAAAAUAUAGAUCCAGCUACAACAGAAUUGGCAAAAAGUAUAGAAAAAGCUACUAUAUCUUCUAUUAAUAACCCUAAUGUGGCAAGCAUUUCAACGAUAGAAAAAAAGUCAUUAAGAACAAUUAAUAAUAAUGCUAAUGAACAGCAACAUAAUAGUUUAGAGAAUGGUCAAAAAUCUGCAAUAAACAGUAAUAUCAACUUAAACGAAAAGAGAUUUGAAAAUCCGAUGAAAAGACCUAUUUCAACACUGGUAGAAAGCGAGGACCCUAAGAAGUUUAAAUUUUCUGAUAGUAAGGGUACAGAGUAUGAAUGGGAAGAUUUAGAUGCCGAAGACGCUAAUGAUCCAUUCAUGGUAAGUGAAUACGUUGUUGAUGUUUUUGAAUAUCUGCAUAAUUUAGAAGUGAUAACGCUACCCAACAAAAACGAUCUGUAUAAGCAUCCUAACAUUCAUCAAAACAGAGACAUCUUGGUCAACUGGAUGGUCAAAAUACAUAACAAAUUUGGUUUACUACCUGAAACUCUAUUUUUAGCUUUAAACAUUAUGGAUAGAUUUUUGUGCAAGGAAAGGGUUCAAUUGGAUAAGCUUCAGCUAGUGGGGACAGCCUCCCUAUUUAUUGCUUCUAAAUAUGAAGAAGUUUAUUCCCCUAGUGUUAGACAUUUUGCUCAAGAAACUGAUGGUGCAUGCGACGAAGAAGAAAUUAAAGAAGGUGAAAAAUUUAUAUUGCAAACUUUGGAUUUUAAUUUAAAUUACCCUAAUCCGAUGAAUUUCUUAAGAAGAAUUAGUAAAGCCGAUGAUUAUGACAUUCAAUCAAGAACUUUAGCUAAAUAUUUAUUAGAAAUAAGUGUAGUUGAUUUCAGGUUCAUUGGAAUAUUACCCUCGAUGUGUGCUGCCGCCGCUAUGUUUAUUUCAAGAAAAAUGUUAGGGAAAGGUUACUGGGAUGGUAACUUAAUACAUUAUAGUGGAGGUUACACGAAGGAAGAUUUAGCACCUGUAUGUCAAAUGAUUAUGGAUUACUUGGAACAGCCGGUGGUGCAUGAUGAAUUUUUCAAGAAAUAUGCUUCAAGAAGAUUUAUCAAAGCAAGUGCAAUUUCCAGACAAUGGGCCAAAAAAGUUAUAUCGCAAGGUUACGACGUUAUGAACCUACAUGAAAAUUAA